CAAAAAAUGGCUGGGUUUUUGAUGAAACAGAUGGUUGGGAAUAAACUUGAUGAAGUUACAGGCGGUUUGAAUCGGUUAGGUGGUGAUGAUGAGAACAAAACUUUGGAAGGAGAUGAUCCAGAAGUAAUCGCAGCCAGACAAGAGAUGGAAGAACGCCGCAAAGAGAAACACCGUAAAAUGGAAUUGGAACGAGAAAAAAUGCGUGACCAAAUACGAAACAAGUACAGUCUCCACAAAAAGGACGACGCUUUUGGCGGAGGUUCUUCGCUUGGAAUUGAUGGUCGAGUUGGACCAGCACACAAAACACCUGACCAAUUAGCGGCGGAAAUGGCGGCAGAAGAGGAUUCAAUAAUAGGACAACUUGGAUUGACUGAACAUGUUGAGAAGGCAAAAACAGCAGUAAACACUGCAUUCGACACCUUCAAAGGAUUUUUCGGGAAGUAA